AGUAUAAUAUUUGGCGCACAUAAACAAUAUAAAUACACAAUUCCAAAGUAGUUAUGUUGCAGCAGGCAAGAAAGAAGAGAAAGAGAGAGAGAAAAUUAAGGAAUUUUCUUAAUAGUUGAAUUUGAAAGAACUACCGAAAUCGGUAUGCAGGGGCAGGGGCAGGGGCAGGGAGGCUCAAAAACUUCAGUCCUCAAUUGUAUUGAUCUCUCCACUCCCGACCUUCACCAAUCUGUUUCAUUACUUAAACAGGCCUGUCUGGAUUCGGGAUUUUUCUACGUCGUAAACCACGGGAUAAGCCAGGAGUUCAUGGACGAGGUUUUUGCACAGAGCAAAAGGAUGUUCCAACAACCAUUAAGUGAGAAAAUGAAGCUUUUAAGGAAUGAGAAACAUAGGGGUUACACCCCUAUUCUUGACGAGCUUUUGGACCCUGAAAACCAACUUAAAGGUUUGUUUUUUCCUGCCAAGUUUCAAUAUUUUAUUUUAUUUUAUUUUUUUCUCCAACUGGGUUUAUCUAUAAUUUUUGUUUGUAUUGUAAAAUCAGGAGAUUAUAAGGAAGGAUAUUAUAUUGGAGUGGAAGUAGCUGAAGGUGACCCAGAAGCAGAAAAACCAUUUUAUGGUCCAAAUGUUUGGCCUGAGCCAGAACUACUUCCUGGAUGGAGAGAGACAAUGGAGAAUUAUCAUCGAGAGGCUUUAGAGGUGGCAAGGGCAGUUGCUAGGAUAAUAGCUCUUGCACUUGAUCUGAAGGUUGAUUUCUUUGACCAGCCAGAAAUGCUUGGCGAGCCUAUUGCAAUCUUGCGCUUACUACGCUACGAAGGUGGAAUUUCAGAUCCAUCAAAGGGGAUAUUUGGAGCUGGAGCUCAUUCUGACUAUGGUUUGAUUACCCUCUUGGCAACAGAUGGCAUCCCAGGUCUCCAAAUAUGCAAGGAUAGGGAUGCUAAGCCUCAGAUAUGGGAAGAUGUACCACCACUAAAAGGAGCGUUUAUUGUGAAUCUUGGUGACAUGCUGGAGCGCUGGAGCAACUGUGUUUUCAAGUCCACAUUGCACAGAGUUUUGGUGAAUGGUCAAGAGAGAUAUUCAAUGGCAUAUUUCGUUGAACCUAGUCAUGAUUGUCUUGUUGAGUGCUUGCCAACCUGCAAGUCAGAAAAUAAUCCUCCCAAGUUUCAGCCAAUCUUAUGUCAGACUUACUUGAGCCAACGGUAUAAUGAUACUCAUACUGAUCGGAGCGUAUACAAAAAACCUCAAACUUAAAUUUUGCCACAAAAUAUGUUUUGAAGGCGUAAGAGUAUAGGCCUGUGAUUUCUUCUUAAAGCAUUUGUCUCCUUUGUGUUGUAUAUAUGGUUAUUCUCAUCAUUUGCAUGAGUCUCCAAUAAGUAUAAGAAAGCGAGUGAAAUAAGAAGCAAGAGUGGUGUGUGGUGUGUCUAGCAAAAUGUAAUGUUAUAAGUAUCAAUAAAACUUCUCUUUUAUUGAGAAUUCACGUGUAUUCUACUUGAGUGUGGUGAGACUUGUUACCAAGUGUUUGAUAA